GGCCCUCAGCUAGACAUGCCCUUGGGCCAAUUGGGAGAGCAGUUGGGUGGGCUGGUCCCACCAAGACGUUGAAACUGCACCCAGCUCACGCUGGUCACCCAGGCUCUUCCAGACUCUGAGACCUAACUGACCCUUGAGUUCAACGCCAGGAUGAGGGAAAUCGUGCACAUUCAGAUUGGCCAGUGUGGCAACCAGAUCGGAGCCAAGUUCUGGGAGGUGAUCGGGGAAGAGCAUGGGAUUGACUGCACUGGGAGCUACUGUGGGGCCUCUGCUCUUCAGCUGGAGAGGAUCAGCGUUUACUACAACGAAGCCUUCGGUAAGAAGUAUGUGCCCCGAGCCGUCCUUGUGGACCUGGAACCUGGGACAAUGGACAGCGUCCGAUCCAGCAGAUUGGGAGCCCUCUUUCAGCCUGACAGUUUUGUUCAUGGUAACUCUGGCGCUGGUAACAACUGGGCCAAGGGGCACUACACCGAGGGAGCGGAGCUGAUUGAGAAUGUCAUGGAUGUGGUGAGGAGAGAGAGCGAGAGCUGCGACUGCCUACAGGGUUUCCAGAUCGUGCACUCUCUGGGUGGAGGCACCGGCUCAGGCAUGGGCACCCUGCUCAUGAACAAGAUCCGGGAGGAGUACCCGGAUCGGAUCCUAAACUCCUUUAGCGUCAUGCCAUCCCCCAAGGUGUCAGACACGGUGGUAGAGCCCUACAAUGCCGUGCUAUCCAUCCACCAGCUGAUAGAGAACACUGAUGCCUGCUUCUGCAUCGACAACGAAGCACUCUACGACAUUUGUUUCCGCACCCUGAGGCUGACGACACCCACCUACGGGAAUCUCAACCACCUGGUGUCGUUGACCAUGAGUGGGAUCACGACCUCACUGCGCUUUCCCGGCCAGCUUAAUGCAGACCUGCGCAAGCUGGCCGUGAAUAUGGUGCCUUUUCCUCGUCUUCACUUCUUCAUGCCUGGCUUCGCUCCACUCACAGCCCAGGGUAGCCAGCAGUACCGAGCCUUCUCAGUAGCGGAGCUCACCCAACAGAUGUUCGACGCCCGCAACAUCAUGGCUGCCUGUGAUCCCCGCCGCGGCCGCUACCUGACUGUGGCUUGUAUCUUCCGGGGUAAGAUGUCCACCAAGGAAGUGGACCAACAGUUGCUGUCCAUUCAGACAAGGAACAGCAACUGCUUUGUGGAAUGGAUUCCCAACAAUGUCAAGGUAGCUGUGUGUGACAUCCCGCCCCGGGGGCUGAACAUGGCAGCUACCUUCCUGGGCAACAAUACAGCCAUUCAGGAGCUCUUCACCAGGGUCUCUGAGCACUUCUCAGCUAUGUUCAGAAGGAGAGCUUUUGUGCACUGGUACACCAGUGAAGGGAUGGACAUAAGUGAAUUCGGGGAAGCUGAGAGUGACAUCCAUGACCUGGUGUCGGAGUACCAACAAUUCCAAGAUGUCAGAGCAGGGCUUGAGGACAGUGAAGAGGGUGGGGAGGAGGAGGCGGACGACAAAGACCAUUAGCUAGGAGAGAAGCUGCAGGGCAGCCACUUUUAGAAGUUUCUCCAAAGAUUUGUGGCUGUCCUGAAGCCCUUAGGGGCCCCAGGCUCGCACCUUGGAAUGCCUUUGCCCACAGUUACUAGACAGGGCUUGAUAGCCAAUGCAUGUUUCUCCUUCUUCCUUUUUAGUGAGUUUACUGUAGUGAGCCCUAUUUAGUUUUUACUAGCUGUAGGACAGACUUUCAGACAAAGUGUGCAAGUUCGCCAGGAGCCCUUUAGCAGCGUUGCUGGGUACCCAAUACCUAGGGCAGCUAGAAUGAUGCCUCAGAGUCCUCUUUCACAAAGCCAGCAGAGCUGGGUGUCUGAAGAGUGUGUGGGAGGUGCGGGGCCAACGGAAGCAUGAGUCCGCUUCCAUGGUCAAGCUGUGUGGACCUUAUGUACCAUUCGACAGGCUGACUGGAAAAAGACAAAAGGAGGCAAGAAAACCCACGCCUCUCCUCUCGGCUCCCACCGUCCAAAAGACCAUCGAGGGCAAAGCAUGCCAGUCCCCAGGCCUUUGUUUCCCAGUAACCAGCUUCCAACGUGUUUCUCUGUGUGUUCUUAUUAGAACGAGAUGCCGCCAGUUCGCUAAUGAUUGUCCUUGGUUUUCCUCUUAAAGGCCGAGGACGCUCUUUUCAUUUUCACUCACUCGCCUCCCCCGAAGCUGCUGCACAGCCUCUCUGCUCUCUGGAAAGGGCACAGGGCUUGCUCAGCAGCCAUCCGAACGCAGGAACAUCGCUGAGAUGCUGCUGAGAUGCCGCAGCAUCCUCCUUGGUGGCAGAGGACAUGGUCUCAUUAGGGAACUUUUAUAGUUCAGAUUAAUUUGCAGAAGUUGCCAUAGACAUUAGUAGGAUGACACAGCUUUAAGCGUUAUGUGGUUGUAAUCUCACAUUCUGACAGGACUGAGCACACAGGAGCCUCUUAGAGUUUACCCUGGUCUGAGGUGCAUGUGGUCCUCGUAGUUUGCUGGAAUUAUCCAGCUCUUCUAUCUGACCUCUCCAAAAGCGAGUUAUUUGCAUGAUUCUGGAUUCUCAUGUCACGGUUUGUCCCCAGGAUUCGGGGAACGGAACCCAAGGCUUUGGGAUGUUCUAGGUUUCCUUGGGCCCCAGUUUAUAAUCAUCAAUAAUAAAGCAGCAGGUGGAUGACACUCUCUUUGCAUGUGCACUGUGAGGAAAUAUUUGUAGUUCAUAUCUAGAGCAAAUCAGGCCCUAUUGUUGAUACGACUCAUCAAGCUCCUGUUGAUAUAAUUGAACGAAGCACCAAGGCUUUUCAAUACCUUCUACUUUGGUGUGGACUGAAAAACACUGGCUUAAGUGAGAUAUGCACCUCGCCAUGAUUAGCUGGAAAAACUUCCUUAGACGCCAACAAGGCUUAUAGCCCAUGACUGUGGGAGUCAGCUGUACACUUAACCUGGAUGCUGUCACUGUAAGCCUCAAAAGGUAAUUACGUACGUGCAAAAAACAGACCUUAAUUCUUUUGAAAAACAAAAUUUUUUUUGGCUUUCUAAGACUGUGAAGACUUCUGUUUGUUCACUAAUAAUCACAAAAAUGCAAAUAAAUUUCACUUUAAAUGACUAAGUCAUUUUAUCUCAGA